GAACAAGAAUAAAUUUUCGAAAAGUUGAAGCAGAAGCGGUGUAGCGCAGAGAAAGAACUAGAACUAGGGUUUCAUCUUUGCCAUCAGUAAACGACAAUGAUUUACGACGUUAACUCUCCUCUUUUCCGAUCCUUCCUCAGCCAGAAGGGAGGCUCCUCUGAUAAGAGGAAAUCGGACGAACAGAAGCCAAAAGAGCAGAAACCCAAAGCCAGCGAGAACAAACCUAUAAUGACUGAGUGAUAACAGCUGAGCUGCAUUCAGUUGUAGAAUGAAAAUAGGUGGUAGGUAUUGUAUUUGGUGCUAAACUAAGAUCUUUUUGGCUGUGUUCUGAAGUAUAUGCCGGCGAUGUUGGUCUUUGUUAUUGUAAUGGUUUGAUUUUGGAUAUGGUUAUAACGAAAACUUAUAAUGGACACAAGUUGAACUUGAUGCACGCAUGACACAUGCAAUGAAGUCACUCGUUUAAAAGUUGUUUGAAAUA